GGGCGGUCCCAGCGGGUCUCGCCCCACGCCCACGCGCGGCCCCGCGUGCGGAAGCUCCGGGCGGCGGCCCCGGGACCGGCCCCGAGCGCAGGCCAUGGACCCCCCCCGGCGCGUUCGCCUCAAGCCCUGGCUGGUGGCCCAGGUGAGCAGCCGCCGCUUCCCGGGGCUGCGAUGGCUCGACCCCGAGCAGCGGCGCUUCGUCAUCCCCUGGGGACACGCCACCAGGAACCCCCCGGGGCCGCAGGACCACGACACCAUCUUCAAGGCGUGGGCGCAGGAGACGGGCCGGUUCCGUGCCGGGGACCCCCCGGACCCUCCCCGCUGGAAGGCCACCCUGCGCUGCGCCCUCAACAAGAGCCGCGAGUUCCGGCUGCUCCUGGACGGGCCCCGCGCGUCCCCGGCCCAACCCUUCCGCGUGUACGAGCUCUGCGAGGGGCCCCCCGGGGGAGCAGAUGGGGGGGACGAGGAUGACUAUGGCUGCAGUGGGGAGGAAGACGUCAGCCAGCUGCAGAAGAUGACAGCCCUGAGCAUCGAUGACACCCAGCACGGGGGGGACCUGCUGCCCCCCUACCCCUGGCCCAAGGAGGAGCCCCCCCCCUUCGCCAGCUGCUGCCCCUCGGGGGGGCCCUUUGUGCCACCCCCCCCAGCCCUGCUCCAGGGGGACCCGGGGGGCACCCACGGGGCCCCUGAGCUGCCCCCACCCGCUCUCGCCGAGACGGGGCCCCCCCUGGGCCCCCCGCCCGCCUGCCCGGGGGCACCGACACAGCACCUGAUGCCAGACCUGCUCGUCAGCCCCCACAUGCUGCCACUGACUGACCUGGAGCUGAAGUUCCAGUACCGGGGCCGCCAGGUCUGUGCCCUCACGGUGAGCAACCCGCACGGCUGCCGGCUGUUCCACAGCAGCCUGGAGCCCACGCGGGAGCAGGAGGAGCUCUUCGGGCCGCUGACGCUGGAGCAGGUGCCCUUCCCUGCUCCCGAUGCCAUUCCCAACGAGAAGCAGCGCUUCUACACCCACCAGCUGCUGGACGUGCUGGACCGGGGGCUCAUCCUGGAGCUCCAGGGCCAGGACCUCUUCGCCCUCCGGCUCUGCCAGUGCAAGGUCUUCUGGACGGGGCCCUGUGCCAGCCCCCAGCCCGGCCCCAACCCCAUCCAGAGGGAGACGAGGACCAAGCUCUUCAGCCUCGAGGGCUUCCUAAACGGGCUCAUCCAGUUCCAGAAGGGGCAGACCCCCAUCCCGCCCCCCUUCGAGAUCUUCCUGUGCUUUGGGGAGGAGUGGCCGGACCAGAAGCCCAAGGAGAAGAAGCUGAUCACGGUGCAGGUGGUGCCGGUGGCGGCGCGGCUGCUGCUGGAGAUGUUCUCCGGGGAGUUGUCCUGGUCGGCCGACAGCAUCCCGCUGCAGAUCUCCCACCCCGACCUCAAGGACAGGAUGGUGGAGCAGUUCAAGGAGCUGCGCCAGCUCUGGCAGAGCCACCAGCGGCUGCCACCGGCUCAGCCCCCGCCCGGGCCCUCCGCCGCGCCCUGGGCGCUGCCACCCGGCCCCCUGCCCCACUGAGGGGACAUCCAGCCCCCUGCCCCACUGAGGGGACACGGGGGGGACACCACGGCACUGCCAGCCAGGCUGACCCUUACCCUGCAGCCAGCCAGGCUGGGGGAGCCAGGCCACCCCUCCCUGUCCCCUCAGGGUGGUGCAAUCAGGGCCACCCAUCCCUGUCCUUAUCCCUGUCCCCCCAGAGCUGCUGGUGACCAGCACCCAAGGGUGCUCUGGGGGGCCAGGGCUGUGACCACCCACCCUGGCUGGACCCUUGUACCUGGCCCCCCC